AUGUUUUCUCUGUCGUCGUCAUUACAACCUCAGCAGAUGGUGGUGCCUCUCAGCCAGGUGGUCAACGCCCUCCACUCGCUGAAGAGCUCGGCUACGGCUUCGGUCCACUCCCUGCACAAAGACUUCGGACAGGAGCACGGUUCAUACCUGAAAGAGCCCAGUGUCACCCUGAGGGAUCUGGGCCUGUCGGAGGUCCAGGGCAGCCAGCUGAAUGAGCUGGUCAGCAGGCUACUGCCCAACCCGGGUCCAGAAGAACCUCCCACCGUCGCUUCUGUAUGGAGGACUAGUCACGUUUCUGGAGACAGCUUCUUUCUAAACAAACAUGGCUUUUCACAGAGAAGAUUAUUGGGUUCCGGCUCUCAGUUGUUCCACCGCCGGUACCACAGCCCUCUUCGGGACGUCUGCUCUGAGCUGCACCUCUUGCCCGUGUGGAUUCAGAACCGGGGGUUCAAAACCCUCAGAACAAAGAGCAGACGAGUGGAGUCGGGUUACGACGGCCCGGUCGAAUCCGAGGCCUACACACCAGCUUUCAUGAAGGGUUUGCUCCUGAGGGAAAAAGGAGCAGAUGUCCAGUCUCUGGACCAGGCGGUAAAACUAAGGAACCUUCCUGAAAACCAGCAGGAUGCCUUCAAGACGGGUUUCACCGACGGCUUCAUGAGGUCCCAGGCUUUAACUCAAAGAACACAAGAUUCGUUGAGGAGAACCAGGCUGGUCCUGCUGGUCCUCCUCCUCAUCGGCCUUUACGGCCUGUCCAGAACCCCCUUUGUCUCGGGUAAAGGCCCCUUUUCUGACGCCGUGAGGUUUCGCACCACAUCCGGCCUCGACUCUGCGGUCGAUCCCGUCCAGGUGAAGAACGUGACGUUCGAGCACGUCAAAGGCGCGGAGGAGGCCAAGAACGAGCUGCAAGACGUCGUGGAGUUCCUCAGAAACCCACAGAAGUUCACGGUCCUGGGUGGAAAGCUGCCUAAAGGGAUCCUCCUCAUCGGCCCCCCCGGCACAGGGAAGACCCUGUUGGCGCGAGCCGUGGCCGGCGAAGCCGACGUUCCUUUCUACUACGCCUCCGGCUCCGAGUUCGAUGAGAUGUUUGUGGGCGUGGGCGCCAGCCGCAUCAGGAACCUCUUCAAAGAGGCCAAAGCGAACGCUCCCUGCGUGAUCUUCAUCGACGAGCUGGACAGCGUGGGAGGAAAGAGGAUCGAGUCCCCCAUGCAUCCCUACUCCCGGCAAACCAUCAACCAGCUGCUGGCUGAGAUGGACGGGUUUAAACCUAACGAAGGCGUCAUCGUCAUCGGUGCUACGAACUUUGCUGAAGCUCUGGAUAACGCGCUGGUGAGGCCUGGCCGCUUCGACAUGCAGGUGACCGUCCCCCGCCCCGACGUCAAAGGACGCAGAGAGAUCCUCAACUGGUACCUGUCCAAGAUCAAAGUGGACCCAGCCGUAAAUGCCGAGAUCAUUGCCCGAGGCACCGUGGGUUUUUCUGGGGCGGAGCUGGAGAACCUGGUCAACCAGGCGGCCCUGAAGGCGGCCGUGGACGGCAAGGAGAUGGUCACAAUAAAGGACCUGGAGUUCGCCAAGGACAAGCUCCUCAUGGGUCCCGAGAGGCGUAGCGUGGAAAUAGACAAAAAGAACAAGACCAUCACGGCGUACCACGAGUCCGGCCACGCCAUCGUUGCCUAUUACACCAAAGACGCCAUGCCCAUCAACAAGGCCACCAUCAUGCCCAGAGGACCAACCCUCGGCCAUGUGUCCAUGCUCCCUGAGAACGACCGCUGGAGCGAGACCCGGGCCCAGCUGCUGGCUCAGAUCGACGUCAGCAUGGGCGGCCGCGUCGCCGAGGAGCUCAUCUUCGGCGAACACGACAUCACCUCAGGAGCCUCCAGCGACUUUGACGGUGCGACGAAAAUAGCAAAACUGAUGGUGACCAGAUUCGGAAUGAGCGACAAGCUCGGCGUCAUGACCUACGCAGACAUCACCAAGCAGAGCCCCGAGACGCAAGCCGCCAUCGAGCAGGAGGUCAGGGUCCUGCUGAAGGAGUCCUACGAACGAGCCAAGAACAUCCUGAAGACCUACAGCAAGGAGCACAAGAAGCUGGCGGACGCCCUGCUCCGAUACGAGACCCUGGACGCCAAAGAGAUCCAGAUGGUGCUGGAAGGAAAAUCUCUGGAUCACUGAGACGUUUGAGGGUUCUUCCACUCUGUAAAUAAGAUGCGGUGCAGCUGGGCACAGGCCUCUUUGGGGGGGGGCCUUUUUAUUCAUUUUCCUCGUUUUUGACCACGUCUAAAGCCGCCUCAGACGUUUCUAUCCUGGUUCUCCUGCCGAGGACCUCUCUCUCUCUGUUCGAUGAACCGACGCACGGCCCGUUUCAGUUUAAGCGACACUUUUUAGACGUGUCGUUUUUUCCUCACGUUAAACUCGGCGGUGAUGUUUGUGGUGAGGCGUGAUCUCGACCGAUGAAGAUCGAUGAAGACCUCAGGACCUCGACGUACCUCAGUCAGGAACGCGCCGCUCGUCGUCCGCGGCCGGUCCUGCCGCUCGCUGUUAAACUCGCAGCCGGAGAGAGAGAUGCGUUUUAUGCUUUCACCUACAUAUUUUGUUGAUUUUUUUAAGUUAUUUAAGUGCCCAAAGGUGUGUGCUUUUUUUCUUUUUUUUCUUUCAGGGAGUGAGAUGAUAGAUCUUCCCUAGGUUUUGCACGUCUGAGGAUAAAACUGUAAAGAGGCGGGCCACUUGUGUGUUGGUGUAAAUAUUCUGUAAAUGUCUAAAAGGACCGACUCGGUGCUUCUGUUACUUUAGACGAUGGCCUUCUUGAAGCUCCAAUAAAGAUUACUCUCAGGAAA